CAAGACUUGUGAACUUUCUUUAGUUAUCUCUUAUAAAAAAAUUUUAAGUGUGAAUCUGCCUUCUUUGUUAAGACACUUAUAUGUCUUUAUGCAUUUGUUAAACACUUGUUUUGUUUUAACCAACUAAUGUUUGGAUGUGUCUUUAAUUGUGUGUCUUUAAUAGAUGUGUCUUGUGUUUCAAACUUUGGCUGUGUAUGUGAUGGAUGUGUCUUUUGUUUAAAACUUGAUUGGAUAUAUCAUUAAUUUCAUAACUACUUAAAAUCAGGUAAGAUUUAAUUCGUUCUGGCACACCUAAUCUAAUCUUUGAAUACAAGCUCCAACUUUAGCAAAGAGAAUCAACUUUUGAUCAAGACCACAAAAAUAAAUAAGAAAUAAAUAAUGAUUUGUCAUAUAAUCUGAACAUAAUUGACUAUAACUCAAAGUUCACCGUUCAUGAAACUAAACAAUAAACUUUAAAUUUGAGGAAAAUAUUAUGUCAUAUUCUGAGGUUGAUAAUACACGAGCAAACAUCAUGUAUGAAUAAAAGGCUUGUAAGCAACACCAAUAUACAUUAUAGUUGGCAUCUAAUUUCAACAAAAUAUUGACAGCUUUACAAUCACCUAUGCAAAAGACAAAAAAUUUGACAUAAAAGAUAUAAGAAACAUUUUAAAACAAAUCAAUUAGUUAUUAUUUUGGUCAGUCUCAGCAUCAGAGGGCAUCCCAGGGUCUUCAUAUAGUACUUCAGUAUACCUACAUGGGGUGCCAAAAACAAACCAAGAACACAUGCAUAUGUGUCGCUUUGCAGAUUUUCAUCCAUUAGUGCAUUUUAUGAGAGAUGGAGGUACAUUAUGUGUGACUACAAGAAACCCUCUCGUAGAUAAGAGGUUGGUGCUGAAAGAUUCUGGAAUUCAUUUGAUCUUAGAAGGGGAUGAUGAUUAUGGGGGAGAUGAGAGUUCUGUGGAGCCAAGCUUGAAAUCUGUCUCAGAAAAAAUGGCAGAGUUUUUUAACUCUGUAGAAGAUGCAUAUGACCCUGAAGCUGGUGGUGCAAAUGAGUCUGAAGAUUAGUGCAAGAGCUAGUAACUUGCCAUGCAAGGAAAAUUCAUCAGGUGUCACAAGUAUAAUUAUUGUUUGUGUUUUAUUUGUGCCUCAAAUAAAUGCCAACUGAUAUAUUGUUUAGCAUCCUCAUCUUCCAUAAUGGCUACUCUUGCACUUGUAGUGAUAUGUUAAUCGGAAAUGUUUGGUAACAAAAAAAAAUCAGCAAAAAACAGCCAUAACUUGCUUUAGCAUUCAUUAAUUGUUGCGACAAUUAAUUAAUGCUAAAUAAGACAAAUUCUGCCUGUUUUUUUUGUCUACCUAGCAUUACCUUAUGUUAAUUCAUUUUUCGUUUAUUAAUUUAGGACUUGUUACUUAUAUGACGAUGGAAAGUAGAUCUCGGUUAAGGCUAACAAUUCACCCUAUAGUAAGUAACUAACAGAAGAUUCAUGCAUCGCACGGAACGCAAAAAUCGAUUGGCCAGAUCAGUCUAUCGACUAAAAAUAUCUUGCAAUAUUACAUUAUCAUAUGACAUGAAUAUUAUUUAAAAGGGGAUGUCUCUUGUGGCUGAAAUAGUUGGGUGGCUAAGGGUGAAGAACAAAUCUGAAUUGGACAUGUGGCAGCGAUUGACUUGAAUGAAUGAUAGUGUAACCUUAUUAACGACUGUAACUCAGCUAAUGAUUCACGGUAACAUUUUUGGAUCUUUAAACAAUAGUUAUUAACAAGUUAAACAUAGGACAAAUUAUUUGAGACAAAUCUGUAAAUUUCCAACUUUCAAAGUCAGCAAGAUUGGGCAAGUUGGAAGCACGAUUGGAUGGAGAAGCAAUGCAAUAUUGGAAAAGUGGUAGUGUGAACCAUCGAGGAUAAACUAGUGUUCCAUGUGUUGUUGGUGGCUAAGUCGCGUAAGGCAGUGGGCGAUUUCCGGCGUGCAGUCGUCGGCGGGAGCUGUGCCGUAGAGGAGCAGCGGCGUUCGUCGCCUGCUUUGAAGGGUUGCGUUCCUAAGAGGAGCAGAGGAGGUAUUCGUCGGCGUCGGAGGCGGGCGAACCGAAGAGGAUUAGGGACAGAGUUUCUCGUAUACCUUGUCAGCGCAGAAUACGUUUCUUCCAACUCCGAUUAUGGUAAAGAGCUUUGUAGGUUGCUCCUACCAUGAAAUUUCCAUCCUCGGAGUGUCUCUAGCCUAUUCUGUCAUCUCCAUGUUCCUCAGCAGGUGGGAGGGUGGCUGUUAUCUUGUGUACAACUUCUUCAGGUUUGCUGUCUCUUCAACCCAAGGAUCAAGCCAUAAAUUUGUAGACAAGCCAUUUCCUAUAAUGCAGAUGGUAUUCUCCUUGUAUGUUGGCCAUAAUUUGACCAAUUCCUUCCAAAGAGGUGUUGGGGCUUCUUUCUCCUUGCUGUCCAUUCUAUUGUCUUCAUCUUCCAAAGGAUCAUCUUUUAUGGGGUCAGCUUCGCCUACUCUGGAUGAGCCCCUGACCAUGCUUGCAUAUGUUUUCCUUGCUUGUUCUGGCUCCUCCUGCAUCCAGUCUUCUACCCGAGGGAUGAGCGCAGUAGUUCCAGUGAAACCUUCAUUACCUUAUCUGACCUUUUUUACACUGCGUUGGAGGAGGUCUUGUUCUUGUUCCGUUGGUUGGUGGUCGACCGGAGUAUAUUCCGUUCUCCCUAAAUUACUCAUAAGACUAGGCAGAAAGAUGAACGAGUAGAAAUUGUACGGAGAGAAAGCUAACGGUCAAUUUUCAUAUAUAGAACUGUGUUUCCUUUGCUCCAUGUUCAAUGUGCCUCUUGGUUUUGUUCCUCUCGGAGUUGUUUCAAAACACAGCCUAUCAACUCCCGUGCACCCCGUGUGAUUCAAUUUUCACCCCGUCUUUUGACAAAAAAAUACUCAAUUCGGCUUCUGAUUUUUUUUUACUGAUUAAUUUUUGUAAAAAAAAAUAAUAUUGACUUUUUUUAAUAUAGGACUAAUCAAUCCCAUAAAAAUAAAAUUUAGGAGUCGAAUUGGAUAUUUUUUUUGUCAAGAACUUCAUUGUCUUUUGAGAUAAU